CGUUCGUGUGUGCUGUCCCGGAAGUUUGUGUCUUCCGACGUGGAGGAAGGAUGUGGGAUUCUUCGGUGUUUCUCAGCACACUGACUCCCAAAUUCUACGUUGCCCUUACCGGCACAUCUAGUCUCAUUUCCGGCCUGAUACUCAUAUUCGAAUGGUGGUACUUCCGCAAGUACGGAACGUCUUUCAUUGAACAAGUCUCUAUCAAUCACAUCAGUCCGUGGAUCAGUGGUAACGAUAAUGGUACUGACACGCCGGCCCCGACCAGUACGAGCGGCAGCAGUGGGGGAAGCAGUGGCAACAGCGGAACUACACAAAGCAUGCCCGAAUGUAAGGUGUGGCGCAAUCCGCUCAACCUGUUUCGUGGUGCCGAGUAUCAGCGGUUCUAUUGGGCCACUCAGAAGGAACCGCUCACCUUUUACGACAUGAAUCUGUCCGCCCAGGACCAUCAAACGUUCUUUACCUGCGAGGGUGACGCCGGCAAGGCAGAGUACGAAAUCAUGCAAACGGCGUGGCGAGAACGGAACCCGGUCGUACGGAUUAAGGCGGCCAAAAGUGCGCUCGAACUUAACCCGGACUGUGCGCCGGCUUAUAUUCUGCUCGCGGAGGAAGAAGCGACCACGAUCGUGGAGGCCGAAAAGAUCCUCCGGACUGCACUGAAGGUGGCUGAGGGGAACUACAAACGGUCGCAAACCUUCCAGCAUCAGGGUACGAUUGCGGAGGGUAUCCAUCGGCGGGACACGAACGUACUGAUCUACAUCAAGCGACGGCUGGCCAUGUGUGCCCGCAAGCUGGGCAAGCUGAAGGAAGCGGUCAAGAUGUUCCGUGACCUCACGAAGGAGAUCUCGCCCAUCAUGAAUGUGCUGAACAUACACGAAAAUCUGCUCGAAGCGCUGCUGGAGAUGCAGGCGUACGCCGACUGCCAGGCAGUGCUGGCCAAGUACGACGACAUCUCGCUACCAAAGUCGGCCACCAUCUGCUACACGGCGGCCCUACUGAAGGCGCGCGUAGUGGCCGAAAAGUUCUCGCCCGAUGUUGCGUCCAAGCGGGGCCUCAGUCCGGCGGAGAUGAGUGCGGUCGAGGCGAUUCACCGAGCAGUCGAGUUUAAUCCGCACGUGCCGAAGUAUUUGCUCGAGAUGAAGCAACUCAUAUUGCCGCCUGAGCAUAUCCUAAAGCGGGGCGAUUCGGAAGCGCUCGCCUACGCGUUCUUCCAUCUGAGCCAUUGGAAAAACGUGGAGGGCGCACUCAAUCUGCUGCACUGCACCUGGGAAGGCACAUUCCGGAUGCUGCCAUACCCGCUCGAACGUGGCCAUCUGUUCUACCCGUAUCCGACCUGCACCGAGUGUGCCGACCGUGAGCUGCUGCCAGCCUUCCACGAGGUGUCCGUCUACCCGAAGAAGGAGCUUCCGUUUUUUAUACUCUUUACGGCCGGCCUGUGCUCGAUUACCGCCCUACUGGCGCUGCUUACCCACCAGUACCCGGAGUCGAUGGGUAUCUUUGCCAGUACGACGCUCAGCUGGUUCUCGCUGCCGUUUCAUUUCGUGAAGGAACGUAUCGAGGCGAUCUGGCCGUGCAAUCUGCUGCAACAGCUUUCGCGCAUUUAAGGUCGCUCUGACUUGGCUUCCG